AUGCAGUGGGAGUUCUUCCUCACCCUCCUCCUAUUUAACAGUCUGUGGCUAAUUGAAGCCUCCACAUCCUCUUCCUCUGAGGAAGAUGAUGGCAGCAGUGAGCAGGAUGAAGAACAUCACAAAACUUCCUCACAUGGACACCACUGGAGCUAUAAUGAUCAGGAAGCUUGGUCUGCUGCGUUCCAGCACUGCAAUGGGAAAUCACAAUCUCCUAUCGAUGUUGAUACCAGUAAGACCAUUUUCACGCCUAGUCUCCCACCCAUUGUACUGGAGGGCUAUGAUCUGACAGACGCUCCUGCCCUGACACUGAUGAACAAUGGGCACACAUUGCAGCUCAGUCUUCCCAACAGCAUGCGUAUAGUCCGGGGUUUUGAUCAGGUCUACCUCGCUGCACAGCUACACUUCCACUGGGGCUCUGUUGAAGUCCCAGGUUCAGAACACACAAUUGACAAUGUUCACUUCCCUGCAGAGAUCCAUGUGGUUCAUUAUAACUCUAAGUAUGCUAGUCUCUCUGAGGCUGCCAGUAAACCUGAUGGACUGGCUGUGUUAGGAGGCUUCAUUGGGAUUGGUCUACAUGAGAAUGAGAACUACGAAAAAAUCCUUUCAGCACUGAGGGAUGUCAGUGCAGAAGAGUCAAACACCGAGAUUCCAGGUUUCAAUGUCCGCCAUUUGCUGCCUAAAAACCUGGAGAAAUUCUACAGGUACAAUGGAUCUCUGACAACACCACCCUGCUUCCAGACUGUCAACUGGACAAUCUUUAAUGAAACAAUCACAGUAUCAAGAAGACAGCUGGCAGCAUUAGAGGACACACUGAAAGCAGGACAAAACCAGCUCUUGUCUAAGAAUUUCAGAGCUCCACAGCUUCUGCAUGGAAGACGAGUCCAGGCAUCUUUCAUCUCCAAACCCAUCCCACAGAAUGGACUGUCAAGAGGAGAUACUCUGGCUAUAGUAUUUGGGGCUCUUUUUGCAGCCACUUUACUGGUAUUUGCAGUGUACGCAUGUACGCAGCGGAGAAAAUACUCAAAGUUUAAGAAUUCCUCUAAGCAGAAUGUCAUUUAUAAGCCAGCAAUCAAAGAAGAGGCAUAG